AGAGUGUACAUAAAUACUACAUGCUUACCAGGGGCAGUGAGAAUAUAUCUGGAAUAUAUGUAUAUAUCCAUGCUUAUUUAUUAAUACCAAACAUUGCUUGGCAGAAAACGUAGUGGUUCAGGGUCGGGCUGGGGAACAGAAUCUGUUGCCAAAAAAGGAUUAUCCAUUAUUAUGAGUGUCAGCAUGGGAACUAAUAUUGUUCGUGUUAUGCCAACUGGAAAACAUACAGGAACAGUUAUAUUUCUUCAUGGAUCAGGAGAUACUGGGCAAGGAGUAAGGGAGUGGAUUAAAACUUUACUUGGGAAGGACCUGACAUUCCCUAAUUUAAAGUUGCUAUAUCCAACUGCCCCAUUACGACCUUACACACCUUUGGAUGGUCAUAAUAGUUAUGUUUGGUUUGAUCGUCAGCGUAUUUCUCCUGAUGUUCCAGAACACUUGGAAACUAUUAAUUCAUCAGCUGAACAGUUGAGUCAGUUGGUGCAGAAUGAAAUAAAUGAUGGAAUAUCAUUGAGAAAUAUAAUAAUAGGAGGAUUUUCAAUGGGUGGUGCAAUGGCCAUGCAUCUUGGAUAUCGUUCAUUGUUUGGUAUUGGAGGUGUUUUUGCUUUGUCAUCGUUUCUCAAUGACAACUCAAUAGUAUAUAAGGAACUUAGUAAUCAGAUUGGUGACGGCCAUGUACCACCUCUGUUCAUGUGCCAUGGAGACAGAGAUGAGUUAGUAUAUCUUUCUUGGGGGCAACAAACAUUUGAACUCCUAAAGAAAAAUGGUGUUGAAGGUCAAUUUCAUAUUUUGAAAGAUGCUUUUCACGAGCUCAAGAAACGGGAGUUACAUCUUUUGAAUGAUUGGUUAUUAGAACGUGUGCCAAUAGCUUCGUAAUGUUUAAAAACUCUUCUUGAAAAAGAAGAGUGAUGUAGUAAAGAGGUAAAAGACACUAUGCAUUCAAGUGGUUGGUACAGCCACAGGAAAGUCUCUUUCAAACACACAGUGCAUUUCUUUAUUUGAGUAUAUUGCAGGCAACGUUCUAAAUUAUUUUCCUGCUGAUUUCUUCAAAAGAAAAGCAUUUUGCAUGAAUUAAACGAUUGUAAUGUUGAAUAUUUAGCUCAAUUCUUGGAAGUAACAUAGAGAUACGAUAUUCCCUCUCACAAAGAGAUAUACGCUCUUUCCUCUAUAAUAGUAGUUACUUAAAGCAGAGUGUAAAGAAAUUACAUCCUUGCAUUUUUUAUAUUUUCAGAGUGAAGGAAUUAAUUAUCAACAAUUGGACUUAACUAGUAUGUGAGAAUCUCGAUUUUUAGUGGAGGAUUAGUUACUAAGAAAUAGUUAAGACUUACUUUUUAUGUUUGUUAUAUUAUUGGUUUUAUUUAUGUGAUAUAAUGAUCCAGUGUGGCAUUUUAAUGCAACAGAAUGAAGAGGAUACUUUAUGUGAAAGUUGGUUGUAUUUAGAAGUUAUUAUGAAUUGAUUUAUUAUUCAUAAAUUGGGAGUCUCUAUUUAUCUUCCAAUUUCAAUACCCAGAAGAAAAAGAUCUGAUAGGGAAGUUGUGGUAAUAAAAGUUCCAUUUUUAUUGGACGCAGAGAUUAUUAAAGCAAAAUGCUAUUCUAGAAGAAGAAUGAUUAUUAUGUAGUAUUUGUUUAGAAGUCGUUGAUCUGAAGCAUGAAGAAUUUGUAUUUCUUAUCCUGUUUUUCUUAUCUGCUGUAUUCUUUAAUUACAAUUUUUAAUUUGUUUACCUCAUUGGGUUUGAUUUGAAUAAAGUUGAAUUUUCUUUUAAAAUAAUAAAAUAUUUAUUUUAUUGUAAUUUUUAUUAUU